AUGUCGACACCAGAAAAUGAGGUUGAUUUUGUUUCUACAGGAAUGCUUAUUAUAGAUGAAAUUGAGUUUGAUGGAGGAAAGAAAACUCGAGAUGUAAUUGGAGGCGCAGGCAGUUUUGCAUUAGUUGGUGCCCGAAUUUGGAGCUCUACAGCUGAGAGCAAGCGAUUGAGGAUGAUCGCGGACAAGGGAUUUGACUUUCCUGAAAGCGUAAAGGAUGAGCUAGACAAUCUUGAAACAGGAAUUGUGUACCGGGAAACACCGGAACGUAAAACUACAUAUGGAUAUAACCGUGUACAUAACAGUGGCUUACGUUUAUUUGAAUAUCUUACACCGAAAAAGCCUAUCCGAGCACAUGAUUUGCUAGAAACGGGCUCGUUUGAUUCCAAAUCCAUUCACGUUAUCACGAGCCCUAAUAGCUUUAUUGGCAUGAGUGAAGAAAUCGCCAAAUACGGGUCAUUAACAGAUCGACCUAAGGUUAUAUGGGAGCCUACUCCUGAAUCCUGCUGUCCUGAAGCUUGGCCAGUAUGCCAGAAAGCGAUGAAGUACUGCGAUAUCUUUUCUCCAAACGAAGUGGAUGCAGCAAAUCUACUUGGAAUUGACAUUCGGGUGGCAAAGGAAAAGGCUGAAGAAUUUGUAUAUGCACUUCAGGAAAUGGAGAUUGGCCGCAGUGGACAGGGUUGGGUGGUUCUUCGAUGUGGAUCAGCUGGGUGCUUUAUUGCUCCUUCUACGAGUCGAACUGCCCCACAUCAAGAUACUGUAGUUGCUCAACGAGAAGCCAUUCAUAUUCCUUGUGUGCCCAUGGCUCCAGGAUCGGUGCUAGAUACCACAGGAGCCGGUAAUACAUUUUGUGGUGCCCUUAUUUUGGAGUAUCAUAGAACAAAAAACAUUGUUCUAUCUAGUGUCAAAGCUACGGUUGCAGCGUCGUUUUCUAUACAACAGCACGGACUUCCUAAACUUACAAAGACGGAGAAUGGAAUCGAUCUUUGGAAUGGCGAAUCGGCGUUCCAAAGAUUGAAGCAUUACUACGAAUAUUUACAGAACCAUGAAGUUGAGGCUGUCCGUCAAAUUACCAAGCAUGGAUUUUAG